CGACGCAGGAAUUGUUGUCUUUUCUACCUUUUCUGCUCUUGAAAUUAUUUGCCUCCUAUCCUCAGCCAUUGCGCAAUGUCUGGACAAAGCGUCGCGCCGCAGCGCAGUCUGAGCUUGACGGAAGAGCUGGAGAAGCUGGAGCAAUCCAUCACUUUAACGCUACAAGAGAUUGAUCAUAAUUUCAGCAAAGCACAUAGAAUCGUCACAACGGGCAUCUUGCCGCUGGUGGAGCAGUAUGGAGAGCACUCGCGAGCUGUUUGGGAAGCAUCCAAGUUCUGGAAGCAAUUCUUCGAAUCGUCCGCAAACGUGUCUCUUUCCGGCUACGAAGACCACACCAACGAGAACCAAGAUGAGACGAGCGCCGCUGAAGAUAGCAGCGCCGUGCGAGACGAGAUGACAAUUGACGUAACGGCCGACCUAGACGAAGAAGCAACAAUGGUCAGCGGCGCGGGACAGCAUUCAGCACUGCAUGGCGACGAGUCGAUGCUGGAUGAUGCCGAGCUGGCUGGGAGCACGCCUCGUCCUCCACUGAGUCAGACCAAUAAAGCCAAUGUCUCCCAACUUGAAUCUCCUUACGAGGCCAUGCGGCGGGAAAUGAAUGAUGAGGAGGGCGUUACAAUGAAAACGGAGGAGUCAGAUCAGGAGGAUUCUUCCGUCCUGUUUGCGCAGCAUACGGCACGGCUACCUGAUAUAUCAACGACACCAAAAGGUCAACCCAACCCGCAAAACAGAGACGGGUCGGUGCAGCGCCACAAGGAUCCUCUACUACAUCGCGUCCUCGACAAGACUUAUCGCCUGCAGGCUACGCCUCACAAGUCAGGUAUUCGGAUAUCCCCCCUCAAAGGCAAGCAGCCGGAGCUGCCACCGCCACAACAGAGAGACGUGGCGAUGUGGCAGGACGAUCCCAUGUCGUCUCCCGAAAUUGCCAUUCCAACACUACGAAGCGAAGCUUUCAUGUCUCCGUACAAACGACAGCGCCUGGCAGCGGCAAGUCAAGCUCCUAGGACCCCUGGUGUCAGCGUGCAGACUCCCGCCACCGCAAAAAAGACCAAGGACGUGUUUGCCACGGAGAGGGGUGCAGCCUCCGCGGGGAAACCGCAUGAGAUCGACUGGGAAAGCGAUGACGAUGACAAUCUCGGCAUGAGCCCGCCCAAGACAAUCCAGUUUGCACUACCGCCCUCGAAAUUGCUCCAGACACCGGCACGAGAAGCUAGCAGGAGGAUCGUAGACGAUAUCCUCAUCGAUGCUGGGGCGGGAGCAGACUCUUCUGAGUUCAGUCCGUCAAUGGUGAAGAUGAAUGAUGAUAUUCUCAAUGAGAGCUUCUAGAUGGAUAGAAUGGACAAGGAAUGUCACUGAAAUAAUCGAUAUACCCUUUUCUUUUUUCUUUUCUUAUUUUUUCCUGUGAGAAGUAGAGCAAUUCUCAUGAAAAGAGAUGUAUCUUUGCAGCUAUAACAGGCCGCCAAUCAUCAUCGCGGUCGCUGGGCCUAACCAUGUCAGUCACAUUCUCGGCCUCCCUUGAGGUUCAGACUAGAGUGAGAUCUAUGUUCUCAAAAGCCAUCCAUAGGUGUCCGUAAUACACCUUUCAGGCCCUUUCAAGGAGCCUUUCGAUCGCUGUGGCAUUGCCAUCUCAUCACCAUCGCGGGGCCCCAACUGUGCGUCAGAACUUCACGUGAGUCUCUUCCCGCGGCUCCCCGACCCCC